GUUCUAAAUACCGCAGCCAGACCUAGAUCAGACAUCAUGGUUCUUAGACUAUUGAUCCUUAGUCAUUCAUAUUGACUGUCAUGUCUGAUCCACAAACCAGUGACAAAGCAGUUGACCAGCCUGCGCCGACAUCAGGUGACGCGCCCCAGGAGGAAGCUCCCACAGGGCUUCUCCCCGGUCAGCAUUGGACGCAGACCGAGCCAGAUCAGAACGAUGAAGAUGACGAUAAUGACUCAACACUAUCGGGCAACGCAAGCUCAACCGCUUCGCUUUCUUCCGAUAUCUUGCGCUACCGAGAAAUCAACGGUAGAAGAUAUCAUAGCGAACAAGGCGAUGCUCAGUACUGGAUUUCAAACGACAACCAAGCCAAUGAAGCACUGGACAUCAAUCACCAUGUUCUGAUUCUCAUGUACAACGAUAAACUCUACAAAGCACCUUUGAAAGAGGAUAUACAGGACGUUGUAGAUAUUGGAACAGGCACAGGAAUCUGGGCAAUGGACUUUGCCGAUGAGUUUCCAAGCGCAAAAGUGGUAGGAAUCGACAUUUCCCCAAUCCAGCCAGGCUGGCUACCACCGAACCUUGAAUUUCAAAUCGAUGACUGUACCCAGGAAUGGACUUUCAAAGAGAAUUCACUUGACUAUGUACACAUGAGAUUCCUGGUCGGCAGCAUUGUUGACUGGCCUGGGCUGUUCAAGCAGGCAUAUAAAUGUCUGAAGCCAGGAGGUUAUAUCGAAAGCCACGAGGCCUCGCCCUGCAUUGGCAGUGACGAUAACUCAGUAUCUCAAGAUAGUGCUAUGGGUCAGUGGGGAAAGAUCUUCAUGGAAGGAGGUCGAAAGCUUCAACGGCCAUUCUCCGUUCUCGAAGACAACGUUCAAGUUGAGAGCAUGAAAGAAGCAGGAUUCGUCAACAUUGAGGAGGAAGAGAUCAAGGUACCUAUCGGCGGAUGGCCAGAAGAUCCCAAGCUCAAAGAGGCCGGUCAGUAUUUCCAGGCUGCAAUCCUACAAGACGUUGAAGGCACUCUCAUGUUUAUCGCAAACCUAUUGGGGUGGAGCAAAGAAGAGAUUCACGUCUUUGCCGCUCGCUACCGCCGUGAAAUCCGGUCGAAAAAGGUCCACGGGUACUUUCGCGGAAAGGUGGUAUGGGCGCAGAAGCCUCUCGACGACUAAGACUCUGGCGUCGAUUCGUUCUGCAAUCUAUCAUCUAUGUGGGAAAAUACUUGUCAUUUCUAUUACAGAGAAUGGAUGCCGCUUCUCUCAUGUCUACUCGUCCCCAGUAGCAAACUCUCCCUUCGCAAUCUUAUCACUAAGCGCCUUGUUGGGUGUAAAAUAAGACGAAAAGUCCUCACGCGCUUCCAGUAACAGGUCUGCUACCAUUCUUCCAAAGACAAUUUCUCCAGCUGGGUUCAGAUGCGUCCUAUCACCUUCUCCCCAGUUAUAACGCUGUGAAUCCUCAUUUCCGAUAGCGUUGACAUAAUCUGUGCUAGCUUUGUUGAGUUCCAGAUAUUGGGCGCCGACAUCUCCAGCA